GAUAGGUGUCAUAGGGACCGACAGAGAGAGAGAGAGAGAGAGAGGACAACUGACAGACGUGAGCUUCGCGCAGUAAGAGAGGUUUUUUAAGCUGUAGGGGAGAUCGGCGACGAGAUCUGAACGGUUUAAGGACCUAGUACUUGCCCUCUCUUGCUGUUUGGAAGGGUUUAAGGAAAAAGUAAACAGUUUCUCAAAGUGCAUUUGGAUAUGCCUUCGAUGGCGCAAACAGGGCGAAAGAGCUUCGAGCAAAGUCACAAACCUAAUGCUAAGCCUUCCAAUGAAUAUUUUGCCAGGAGGCAAAAGAUUUUACAACAGAGAAAAUCGCUUCCUAUUGCUUCAGUUGAGAAGCGGCUUGUUGAAGAGGUUAGGAAAAACGAUACUUUGAUUAUUGUUGGUGAAACUGGAAGUGGAAAAACAACACAAUUGCCCCAAUUUCUUUUUAAUGCCGGGUUCUGUCUUGAUGGAAAGAUUGUGGGGAUAACACAACCAAGACGUGUUGCAGCUGUCACUGUGGCGAAAAGAGUAGCCGAGGAAUGUGGUACGGAGCUGGGUCAGAAGGUCGGAUAUUCAAUUAGGUUUGAUGACAAAACUUCUGCCUCAACAAGGAUCAAGUACAUGACAGAUGGAUUACUGUUGAGGGAAGCAUUAUUGGAUCCAUAUCUCUCUAGGUACUCGGUCAUUAUUGUUGAUGAAGCUCAUGAAAGAACUGUCCACACUGAUGUGCUACUGGGGUUGCUAAAAAAGGUUCAGAAUGCAAGGUCAAAGUCCUUAAGCAAACAGGCUAAUCUUGAUAAUAAGAAGGCAAGCAAUGGCAUUCUUUUGAGCAAAGAAGACAGCGAUAAAUGCAUCAGUAUUUUCAAACAAUGCCAAGGCAGAAAAUUCCCUCCUUUGAAGUUAAUUGUCAUGUCUGCUAGUUUGGAUGCGCGAGUUUUUUCUGGUUAUUUUGGUGGUGCAAAAGCUGUUCAUAUUCAAGGGAGGCAGUUUCCUGUAGAUAUAUUUUAUACUCUUUAUGCUGAAGAAGACUAUUUGGAUGCAGCAUUAGUUACCAUAUUUCAGAUUCAUUUGGAGGAGGGCCCUGGUGAUAUCCUUGUGUUUCUCACUGGUCAAGAAGAGAUUGAAGCUGUUGAAAGAUUUAUUAAAGAACGACUUCAACAGUUCCCUGAAGGUUACCAGAAGCUGUUAACUGUUCCCAUUUUUUCUUCUCUUCCAUCUGAACAGCAAAUGCGAGUUUUCAUGCCUGCUCCAGCUGGUUUCCGUAAGGUUAUAUUGGCAACAAAUAUUGCUGAGACAUCGGUCACAAUACCUGGAAUCAAGUAUGUUAUUGAUCCUGGGUUUGUAAAGGCACGCUCCUAUGAUCCAGUCAAAGGAAUGGAAUCGUUGAUUAUUGUUCCUACCUCAAAAGCACAGGCUCUUCAAAGAAGUGGAAGAGCAGGGCGUGAAGGGCCUGGCAAGUGCUUCCGUCUCUAUCCAGAGAUCGAAUUUGAGAAACUCGAGGAUUCGACAAAACCAGAGAUAAAGCGAUGUAACCUCUCAAAUGUGAUUUUACAGCUUAAGGCCCUUGGUAUUGAUGAUAUCCUUGGGUUUGACUUCAUGGAAAAACCAUCAAGGGCAUCUAUUGUCAAAUCAAUGGAGCAACUGUUCUUGCUAGGUGCUUUGACUGAUGAUUGUAAACUAUCUGACCCAGUUGGGCGUCAAAUGGCUCGAUUCCCUCUAGAUCCUAUAUAUUCAAAAGCUCUAAUCUUAGCUAAUCAGUUCAACUGCUUGCAAGAAAUGCUGAUUACUGUUGCAAUGCUCUCAGUGGAAUCUAUUUUUUAUUCUCCUCGUGAGAAGUCUGAAGAGGCAAGAACUGCAAUGACAUGUUUUGCAAGUCCAGAGGGAGAUCAUCUCACUUUGAUCAAUGUAUAUCGAGCAUCUAAUGAUUUACUGGAGAAGAGAAAAAUGGAACUUAAUAAAACUAAGGAUGAUAAAAUUCUAAGGAAAUGGUGCAAGGAAAAUUUUAUCAACAGUCGUUCUCUGAGGCAUGCCCGUGACAUACUCAGUCAAAUUCGAGGACAUGUUGAACAAAUGGGCUUUUGUAUUUCUUCUUGUGGGGAUGACACACUUGAGUUCCGGAAAUGUCUUGCUGCUUCAUUUUUCCUUAAUGCAGCUCUUAGACAGCCUGAAGGAACAUACAGGGCUUUGGCAAGUGGUCAGGUGGUGCAGAUUCACCCUUCUUCUGUUUUAUUCCGUGCAAGACCAGAUUGCAUAAUUUUCAAUGAGCUUGUCCAAACUAGUCAUAAAUAUGUACGCAAUGUAACUAGAAUUGAUUAUUUGUGGUUGACGGAGCUCGCCUCUCAUUAUUAUACUAUGCAGACUUGAAUUAUAUGAUUUUGUCAUAAACAACUGGUAACUCCACUGUGUUCUUUUCUUUCCUUGUCUUUUUGCAUGUCCUCUUUGAUCUCUUCUCAAGUGAUUUCUUGUCUAUCACUGCUUUUGAAUUUUCUGACCGAUUAUUUCUGGUGAAAUCAUCUAGCAGUUGGUGGUAUUUAAUUCAGGUCAGCAAUUCAUGCAGCACAUAAUACGAGCAAAGGAGAAGAAAGUUUUAGUUUGCAGUUCCAAUUGGCAUCUGAGGUUGAUAGGAAACACACGAUUCAUUUUUACUAUGAUGAGUGGAGCAAUUUUGAUUUUGUACAUAGAACUGAGUUUUACUGUCUGGCAUCUGAUCAAAUGGAAUCAGUCUUGAAUCUAACAGGUUCGAAGUCCAUACUGCUUAUUUUAAGAAAUGCACAUGUUAUGUAGGAAAUGCUGCACAUGAUAAGAAAGACUUCCAGAGGAGUGCAUGGGAAGAGAGCCUUUAUUUUCUGUUUGAGGUUUUGAUUUUUUUUGGGUAUAGCAGGUGACGCCGCAUCUUGUUUACCUAUUGGGUAGACAAACUAAGGUGUAAUUUGGGUAUAGAAAUUUACAUUUUUGAUAUAUUCCCAUCAGAUGUAACAAUCAGAAAAUUGCAAGUCCUCUUGGCAUCUGUUAAUAUAUCAAUUAAUGUUAGUAUCUGAA